AUGAGCGGCAAAGAUGCACUAUCUGCACGCGUGGAAGUUCUAACAGGGCAGGGUUUCGUAGCAAAGCUUGUGGUCAUCAAGGUUUCACCACCGGAUGUAGACCUCCAAAAAGGCUUGCUCCGCACGCCCGAACCGGUGGCUGCAGAGAAGCCCAAGGCGCCGUGGGAUCAGGACAAGUCCGAGAGGACGCCAGUCAAAGAGACCGAGGAUGAGUCGGAGAGCAGCCUCACCUCUUCGGAAAGGAUUGAGGAUGCCAUUUACGAUCUCUACGAUUCGACUGGGCCAGCUCGCGGCUACCUUGAUAUGAAGGAGGUGGUGCAGCAUCUGGAGAAGAGGUUGAAAGACUUUCGCAAGUUGAGUUCAAGCUGGGCUGCGGAAAAGAACAGCUUCGAGUUGCAAAACGUCUCCAACGGUUCCGUGCAGGUCAAGCUCAAAGAAGGAGCGCUGGAAUGUGCAGAGAUGCGGAAGGCAGAUCGUACCAACAGCCGUUUACGCCAAAGAGAGAUGCAGGUUGCUGCAGACAUAUUGCCGAAGCUGACGGAGAACAUUCCCACAAAUCUCUCCCAGACCGAGCUGUGCGCCAUUUUGGUCCAGGCGGGAGACACGAAAAGUUGGGACAAAUUCCGUCCCGCGGCGGUAUUGGCCGUACUCGUCCCAGAGGCGACGGGCAAACAAGCUGCUGGAGAGAAUGACAGACUCCGGAAGGACAUCAUCCCUUUUCACGCAUCGCACCUUAUGCGCUCUAUUGUCAGAUGCGAGGCAACAUGUUCAGACAACAAAUUCAAAGCCGAGUCGCUUCUCCGGCUCAUCCACGUGUCGGCCCUUGAUAUCUUCCACGCGAAAACACAAGGCGGCAAGGGCAAGUCUCUCCUUCCUGUCGUCACGGAGAGCUUGAGGGCUAUGAUCCACAGGCCGUUUUCGGAGGUGGUUAAAUCAAGGAAGCCGCAGAUUAUCCCCCAAUGCUUCGUUUUGGCUGGUUAUCGAGCACUCCAAGAGAUGUCGGCUGGUUUUGUGAUGUCAAAGACAUACAGCACCUUCAAUGCCUUCGCGGAGUUUGUCCAAGCCAUCGCGAAUUUCUACAGCACCUUCAGACCGUACAUGCCAGAAGCGAAAGUGAAUCAAGAUGGGAAGCCUGAAGGCGUCGGAGUCAAGGACGCAGAUGGUGUGGUUCCACAGAUUGUCGAGAAGCUUAAAACAAGUUGCCAGCUGGCUUUGAAGCAGAAGAACCACCCGGAAGACCCUCAGGGACUGCACAGGCUGGUAUGGACCUUCGCCAACUUCGGACAUGAGUUCGAACAGAUCCGCGAGCCCUCAGUGAAGCCGGCCCUGCAAAUGCUCUCGGAGCUACUAUGCAGUCUUGACUUCAAAGAAGAGACGGGCUGGACUGUGAUGAUCUUGGCUGCGCUGGUCACCUCCUACCGAAUGGCUGGUGUCGCAAGCGAGGCCCUCUUUAAAAAGAUUGCUUCGGCCUUGACCGAGCUGGUGAAGAAGAGUGCCAAAUUCAAACGAGAUCACGUCAUGCGGACCGUUGAGGCAUUCAAGGAUGUUGGCUUCCCGAAGCUACUGGACGGCUUCCUCACUAGCUUGCGUACAAAGCAGUGGUUCAAGAAUGAGCUCCGCAAUUCACCGAAGGAUGACAUUGCGCCCCUGCUAUUGGCGAUGAUUCGUGUGAAGGAUGCACCAGCAGUGGAGGAGUUUACGAAUUUCCUGAGCGGCUGCAGCCAUGUCAGCGAAUUUUCCUUCAAAGACAUCAGCUCCUUGAUCAAGGAGCCUUCCUGA